AUGCACUCGCAGAUUCGCCGUAGAAGUCGAUGCGCGAGACUUGAUCUGCCAACUGUACGUGUUUCUCUGCAGUAUGCAGAGAUUGUUGUUGUUCCCGGAGAAGAAGAUCAGAGAGCUGAGAGGAGUGAUUUAGGGGAACGGCCUGCUGUGCACACGUCUGGAGUGUGUAAGGAGGAGGCAUUGGGCACCCAGGCUGUGGCGAGCCCAAUUGGGCAAGAGAGGGAGGCGUGCAGGUGUAUGGGCUUGCCUCGGGUGCCACUAGUGUGCAAGCUUGGCGCGCUGUGGAGAGGCAAGCAGGCCAG